AUGCAUCUCGCCCCCAGGGAUCGCGCAGAAGCUCUGCUGCUCAAGGCUGCCCGCGCGCACGGCAUCCCCGCCACAAAGGACGACAUCCGCAGCGCCCUAUCCGACACGGCCUUUGUCGAGUGGGCGAAUCUGCAUCUCGCGACAGACAAUCUCCUCACGGGUGAUGAGCUGGCACUGUACACUGCUCUUGACAAGAGCGGACAGGUCGAUCGCCUCGCUGACCUGCAUGACUUGGGAGAGGUGCAGGCGGUGAACGAAGAUGACAUUCGUGCCGCCAUUGAAGAGCUGAAUCGCUCCACAGAGACCAUUACCAAGCAGACAGAGACGUUGCGCCAGCAGCAGGACGCUCUUGCGCGCUUGGUCAAGAAACGGGAUGAGGCGGAGAUUGAGCACAAGGAGCUGGAGGACGAGCGUCUUCGCAAGACCAGGUAUACCUUGAACAAGCUGGUUUUUGAGGUCGAUGGAGAGGCCCAGAGUCUCGAGUAUCGUGUUCAGGAUUUGGAGCAGAUUGCAAAGACCUCGCGCUCCAAUGUGAAAAGAACCGUUGAGAGCGUUUUUCAGUCCGAUGAUAAGUUGCUGUUGAGUCUUCAGAAACUUGGCUGGGAACUUGAUCAGCAGGAUCCUGAGGAGGAAAAGACGAUUGAGAAGCUACGAGAGACUUGUAUGAGAUUGAUCAAGACAACAGUCGAGACUCUCCGUACAAGACUAGACAGGAUCUACCUCGAAGCCAUCCUAGCAGCAGAACGUUCAGGAGAUGUCAAGGCUGCUACUCAAGACGACGUCAAAGCCCUCGAGGAAGAGCUCGAGUCGCUUUACUCUGAGAUUCUACCUGUUGCACAAAUGUCAACCGAACAACAACAUCUGGAACCAGCCCUCAAGUCAACAGAUGCUCAAAGCGGACAAAGCCUGCGCCGCUCAGCUGUUGCAGUGACAUAUGUCAACGAAUGUCUGGAUCAUCUCGUAGAUAAAAUUACACUCCUCACAGAACGUGUAGAAACUUUGCAGUCACACAACGCAGCAGCAUCUUCCAUCAUCGCCACUGCCAAAGCCGAAUCAUCCGCCUCGCUCUCCCCCGAGAAGAAAAAGUCUAUCCGAGCCGCCAUGCCCGCAUCACCCAUCCGCAACCCAUCACCUAUCCGCAUGCGCGCCAACACAGUCGGCAGCCAUCGCGGUGCCAACAACAAAAGUAGCCGUCGCUCAUCCGGCAUCCUUGACGAACCCGCCAUAGAAGCUCUCCUUCGUGAUCUCGCCCUAUCCCUCCCCGACGCAGAGGAGGCGUCCAUUCAGGAUCAGGUAUCUGCUCUGAACAAGGCCUUUAGAGACCGUUCGGAUAAGACGACGGAUGUGAUGCGUGGUGCGCAGGAGGGCUUUGAGAUGAGUGUUACGUCGAGGCUUGAUGAUGCGAGGUUGGCGAUUCAGCUGCUGCGUGAUAGUAUGUUGGCGGAGAGUCCGUUUGGAAAGGUCAAGAUGUUGGAUCCCGAGUUUGAGGAGUCGGUUGUUGCGUUGGCGAGGGAUGUGGAGGGUGUGAAGGAGAAGUUGGAUGGGGUUGUUGAUAAGAAGGCUUUGGCUAAGAGUGUGAAGAAGGAUGAGUUUGUGCAGCGGUGGGCUUAG